AUGAAGUUAGCCUUCCAUGAAGAGCGGCUAGGGGAGUACACGGAUUCGGAACUGGGUGAUCAUAUUGUGUCCUCGCCGACGUGCGCGUCUAGUUGGCAGGUAAUCGAACUCUCCCCGAAUCUCAUAACCAAGCAUUAUCAGCGUUCAGAGGUCGAGGAUGCUUUGAAGGCUACCGAAGUCGCCAGCCAGCUGGGGAUCCGAGGUCCCUCCAUACGAAGGAUAGUAAGGAAUGAAAGGAGUACUUUCACUAUUAUGGAUCGGAUCGAGGGAACUACUUUGGACGUUAUCUGGAAGGAACUGGGUUGGUUUAUGACGGUUAAGCUUGGUCUGCAGCUUCGCCGCUUCGUGAAAAUCCUCAGAUCUGUUACCUCGCCAACCGCUGGAUCGCUUGCGACGGGCGAAUGCAGGUCUUUCUGGCUAGAGGAUCGUUACGGUCUUCCGGCGAAUUCUGGUCCAGCCGAAAUCGCCCACUUCUUCCGAUUCUGGACAAAUUUCACGUCCAUACGGCGAGCGAUGCAAGCAGCGAAGCAACCUCAGGCACUAGACUCGCCUGAUUCCACUGUCGGGGUGCCGAUGACUAUUGAGCCAUUCGUCUUGACUCAUCAUGACCUUGCGCCACGCAACCUUAUAGUUUCUCCUUCUGGUCAGCUUUCGCUCAUUGACUGGGAUUUGGCUGGGUUUUACCCUAUCACCUUCGAGUACGCAUCCAUGUACAAUUUCAACAUUCCUCAAGACUGGGACCUUAUCGCCCGUUUACGAUGGCAUUUAUUUGCCUGGAUCGCGGUUGGCUAUUAUGAGGCUGACGCUCGCCUGCUGCGAUCCAUGCAGUUUAAAUUUACACGAUUCGCCGUCGGAAGGAGAUACGAACUUCUGGGAAAAGGUGGUCCGUCAAGAUACCCUGUAACCUGA